UCUAUAUUUUUUUGACAUGUCCAGCCUCUAAGCCAAAUUUCAUGCACAGGGAAGAUUCAACCUGAAGAAGCCUCUGUCAAUUCAUGACGAGAAGAAGGGUGCUUGAAUUCGAUCACGAGGAUGGUGAGAAACUUGGCGGUGUCGAUGUCGUUAAACACGUCACGUCCUUCCGCCGUCAUGUUCAUCCACACUUGCGGCGGCCAGGAUUUUAUGCAGUUGGCUGCUUGAUGCUUUUGGCCUUUUCAACCAUAUCUUUGUUUGUUAAGUUCAUGUUGCUUAAUUCUUAUGACGAAAUGGGGGUUGUGACGGGGAAGGAUCAAAGUGGAGAUCGUGCUGCUAAUUUCAUUGUUGUUCCUCAAAAGACUACGUACCAAACAAAUAAUGCUUUGAGCCAAGAACAGGAUGUUUCUGCUGAUCUUGUUAAAACAAUCCACACAAAACUUCAGGCUUCAGAGAUAUGGAAGGAACCAGAAAGUGAAGACUAUUACAAAUGCAUUAAUGUAACAAAGAACGAACCAUGGAGUGACGAUGAAACAAAAGGCUACCUUCUUGCUCGAGCCAAUGGUGGAUUGAAUCAGAUGAAAACUGGGAUAAGUGACUUGGUUGCCAUAGCAAAACUCAUGAAUGCAACUCUUGUUCUUCCUUCUUUGGAUCACAAAUCCUUUUGGACCGACCCGAGUGAUUUUAAAGAUAUCUUCGAUUGGCAAAACUUCAUUGAAGUCUUGAGGGAUGAAGUUCAUGUAUUAGAGUCUCUUCCCUCAAAACUUGAAAGCAUCCAGCCCUUUGAUACUGCACCAGUUUCUUGGUCCAAGCCUCGAUAUUAUAGAGUACAUAUGGCAUCCUUGUUGAAACAACAUAAAGUCCUCCGCUUAACCCACACAGAUUCUCGAUUAGCCAACAACGGUAUCGCAGAACCGAUACAGAAACUACGAUGCCGAGCAAUGUAUGAAGCUUUAAGGUUCAAUAACAAUAUAGAACAGCUUGGAAACAAGCUAGUUGAAAGACUCAGAAGUAAUGGUAAACCUUAUUUAGCUUUGCACUUGAGAUAUGAAAAGGACAUGUUGGCGUUCACAGGCUGCAGUCACAACCUUACUGAAGAGGAAGAUGAACAGCUGAUGGACCUAAGGUUUCACGUAAGACACUGGAAAGUUAAAGACAUAAAUGCUACCCAGCAAAGACUACUAGGGGAAUGUCCCAUGACACCAAGAGAGGUAGCUGUCUUUCUUGAGGCAAUGGGGUAUCCUACCGAUACAAAUAUCUACAUUGUUGCUGGCAAGAUUUACAGCAAGAAUGGGAUUACGCCGCUAAAAGAUAAGUAUCCAAAUAUCUUCACGCAUUCAUCUUUGGCAACCAAAGAGGAAUUGCAGCAUAUGAAACAAUAUCAGAACCAGUUGGCUGCUUUAGACUAUGUUGUAGCAGUAGAGAGUGAUGUUUUUGUUUACACCUAUGACGGGAACAUGGCUAAAGCUGUCCAAGGUCACAGGAGAUUUGAAGGGUUUCGAAAAACUAUAAGCCCUGACAGGACAAACUUUGUGAAUUUGAUAGACCAAUUGGACAGUGGUGUGUUAAGCUGGGAAGAGUUUUCUUCUAAAGUUAACGAAUUACAUAAAGAAAGAACGGGAUUACCAUAUCCCAGACGCCCUGGGAAAUCUUCAAAACUGGAGGAGAACUUCUAUGCUAAUCCGUAUCCUGGUUGCAUCUGCCACAAGUCUGAUGGAGAGAGGCAUAUUUCGAAGAAGGGAAGGAAGUCUUGAGACUGAAAAUCACAUGGUCAUACACGGAAAGACAAUGAUUUGGUACACUUGGUCAGGAAAACCUCAUGCUUCAGCAACUACAAAUGAAUGCAGGGAACUUCGAGAAAUUGAAGUGGCAGAUGGUUCGCUCCUGUAGUAUAACUGGGAAAUGAAAAGCCAGACUUCGAGUAGAUUAGUUUCUUCACGGAUGAUAGUUAUACGAUCCCCAAAAAGAAACAGAAGAUAUUUUUUUAGGAGUCCACUUACAUUGUAACUAUUUGAGUUUGGAUAUGAAAGAGAAAAUUCGCAGUAACAAAAAUGUGAUCUAAAUUCCAUCA